GAUCCGCGUCCACCGAUUGUUCGCUUUCGAAGCCCGCCGAAGAAACCAUUGUCCGUCACCGACAUGGUGUCACCGUCAUGGUGCGAGCUACAGUACCUCUUCACGUUGGGGAAACAUGGGAGAAAGCUGCAGACACCCGCGAUGAAGCAGGGAAGCGCCGUACACAAGGAACUUGAAGAUCAGGUCUUUCAGUAUGUUCCGGUGUCGGUGUCUACCCGGGAAGAUACCUGGGGGUUGAAGAUUUGGAACGCAAUUCAAGGAUUUCGAACCCUGGCGAACACGGGGAUGACGCGCGAGAUGGAGAUCUGGGGCACGAUUGAUGGCCAGAUCAUCAAUGGUAUCAUCGACGAGAUAUCGUACAAGUGCCCGGACGAGAAACUCGAAACGCUUGUACGCAACGUGGAGGAUAAGCAGCGGGCCGCGGCCUUGGCUGCUGAAAAUGGAGCGACGGAGUCCACAGCAGAAGACACAACUACCCAGAGGAAGAUCUACAUCACAGAUGUGAAGACUCGCGGUAGGAAGACCAUUCCUAAAGGCUCUUCGUUGAAGCCUACGUUUGUCCAACUCAUGUUGUACUGGAGGUUACUGGGUGACCUGGCAUCGGACCGCGUCGACCCACGCAUAAUCUUCGAGCGAUACCGAUUGAACCCAUCCAAGCCCUUCUCGGAUUCGUUCAUCGAAGAUGUUGCGAAGCUUGACUAUAACUUCAAAACUACAAGUACUCAAGAUGAAGAAGCCCCGUUUCAGGCAAGCCCCGAUGCACGGUCGGAACUUUUCGAGAAUGACAACCUACAAGACCUAUGGUCCCUCAUGAUUCGCGAACUGAAAACGAUUAUUCCGAACCAGGAUGCCCUUGGCAAGGUUCUUCAUGUGGAGUUCCGAAGCCAGAGCGACGGAUCCAUCAUUGGUAGCAAGUCCUUUGUUUAUAACGCCAACACGAUCGAUCGCUACGUUAAAGAUACCCUACGCUUCUGGAAAGGGGACAGGGAACCCAAGGGUGUCGAGAUCGAAGAUGCUUUCAAAUGCCGGAUUUGCGAGUUCGCUGAGGACUGCUCCUGGCGACAGAAUAAGAUUGGCGAGGCAGUUCAAAGGUUCCGCACAAGGUCGAUUGCAAGUGGCCAACCAGGCGGCUGA